AUGAAUAACUUCUUGCCGCAACGUAAAAGUGACCACGCUAGAAGAAGUUGAAGAGAAAAAGUGUAAUCAAAUACUUGUCAACCUUAAUCCUUUGACUUUUAACCUAUAUUUUAAAUUGUAAUAAUGAAGAGGAAAUACAACGAACCGAUAAACUUUCAGGAUCAAAUAAAAGAAAUACUAGUAUGCAAAUUCUGUACCUUUGAAACUGAUAAUAUCGACGAAUUAGACGCACAUAUACAAAGCCAUGAAGAAAAAUGUGAAGAUAUUGAUGAAGAAAUGGAAGAUAUAGUGGUUCUGGUACACGAUCUGCCACCUAAAAAGAAACCAAAAAAAGACGUACCUGAUUCAUAUAAAUGCCCCCAUUGCAAAUAUGAAACCAAACGUAAGCACGAUUUGCCAAAACAUCUUCUUACGCAUAGGUCUUCUGAUACUACUACCAUAUAUAAAUGUUCGCAAUGUCCCUACGAAACUAAACGGAAAAAUGAUAUGCCCAAGCAUAUGCUUGCACAUUGUACAAAUGUACAAAUGUUCAAAUGUCCAGAAUGUCCGUACCAGACCAAGAGAAAAAGCGACCUACCGAAACACCUUUUAUGCCACAAACCAAGCGGCGAAGUUCCUUUGUAUAAAUGUGAUUACUGUGAGUAUGUUACGAAAAGAAAAGGAGAUCUACCAAAGCACAUAUUGAAUCACAAAGAUACCGCAAAUAUAAAACUUUUCAGUUGCUCUGAAUGCCAAUAUAAAACCAAGAGAAAAAAUGACCUACAUAAGCAUAUGCUUGUCCAUUGUGAUCGUCAUGUGGCUGGAGUUUUCAAAUGCCUAAAAUGCACAUACGCAACAGACAAAGUAAACAAAUUUUCUAAGCACGUUUUAAGUGAAUGCAAAUACAGUGACGAAGCCAUCAGUGUAGAGCACCUUAUGCUAGAAGACAUCAUAGGAACAGUAAAUGAAGAAAAUGUUAUGGUGGAGCAUGAUGAGGAAGAAGCGGAAAAUUGCGAAGAAUUGCUAUAUGUGGAAGAACAAGAUGUAGAAGAAGGAAACGAGAAUGAUGAACAAGAAGAGACCGACUGUUCUGAUUAUGUAGAAACCGAGUUUGUUAAGUAUAAACAAAAUGAUGAAAUCAGCAAAGAAAGCUACAGAGAGGCCGUCAGGAAAAAACAUGGAGUUUUUAAAAUAAAUUUAGGAGAGUUUUCUUAUGAAAACGGUUCUCAAAAUCAAGAGAAUUGUGUAAAGGAGGAAUAUUCAGUAGAUCAAGAGGUUUCCUAAAAAAACAGUUUAUGUUUAAUUUAUAUAUAAUAUAUAUUUACAUUCACUUUAUAUUAAGAGCUUAGUACUGUGAGCAAUAAAAUAUUACCAGGUUAGUCAAAUGUAUGUAUAUAAGAAGUAAAAACAAAGUUUCAUUUGGAGCCUUUGCAUGUUUAUUUAUUAAAGUGUUACUAAUUCAGAAAAUUCAGAAAUAAUGUAUAUAAAAAAAUGUAUAGAGUAUAAAAUA